AUGAGUUCAGAUCACAAGAUCUAUUACACCUUGACCGACGAGGCUCCUCUGCUUGCCACUUAUGCGUUUCUUCCCAUCAUUCGGCGUUUUACAGAUCCAGCGGGUGUCGCAAUCGAGAAGAGCGACAUCUCUGUGGCUGCACGAAUCCUUGCUCACUUUCCCGAGAAAUUGAAACCGGGCCAGCAGAUGCCGGAUAAUCUCGCUGCUUUGGGAAAGAUUUCUUUGAAGCCAGAAGCAAAUAUAAUCAAGUUGCCUAAUAUCAGCGCUUCCAUCCCGCAGUUGUACGAGGCCAUUGAAGAGCUACAGAAGAAGGGCUAUGAUGUCCCAAGCUUUCCCCAAGUGCCAAAGAACGACGCAGAGCACGAGAUUCAUGCACGAUAUGCCAAAGUUGUGCUUGGCAGUGCUGUAAACCCAGUAUUGCGUGAAGGAAACUCUGAUCGCCGUGUUGCGCUUCCUGUGAAGGCCCAUGCAAUGAAGCACCCUAAGAAGCUUGGUGCUUGGGCUAGUGACAGCAAGACUCACGUGUCACAUAUGACAGAUGGCGAUUUUUAUGGGAGCGAGAAAUCCUAUGUGAUGCCAGAGUCUGGAAGCAUCAAGUUUGAAUUUGUUGCUUCCGAUGGGAGCGUGAAAGAGCUUCGCAAACCGCUUCAGCUUCAGGCAAAAGAAGUCAUCGACGCAAGUAUGAUGAGUGCCAAGAAGUUUUCUGCUUUUAUUGCGGAUGCCAAAGCAAAGGGCAUCUUGUUCUCCCUGCAUAUGAAGGCUACCAUGAUGAAGGUCUCUGACCCAGUCAUGUUUGGAAACGUCGUCCGAGUUUUCUACAAGGAUGUAUUUGACAAGCACAAGGACACCUUUGAUAAGAUUGGCGUGAAUCCAAACAAUGGGAUCGGAGAUGUUUAUGACAAGAUCAAAUCACUUCCUGAAGCGCAGCGGAAGGAAAUUGAGAGCGACCUGAUGAAACAAUACCAAUCCCGUCCUGAUGUCGCCAUGGUUGAUUCUAGAAAAGGAAUUACCAACCUGCAUGUUCCGAGCGACGUCAUCAUCGAUGCAUCUAUGCCCGUUGUGAUCCGUGACUCUGGCAAGAUGUGGAACAAAGAAGACAAGCUCCAAGACACAAAGUGUGUGAUUCCGGAUCGAUGCUACGCAACAAUCUACGCAGAGAUGAUUGAUUACUGCAAGAAGAAUGGGCAGUUUGAUCCCUCCAAGAUGGGCAGUGUGUCCAAUGUGGGUCUUAUGGCACAGAAAGCUGAAGAAUACGGAUCUCACGACAAGACCUUCAUCAUGCAAAAUAGUGGAAAGAUCCGAAUCACCGAUGAUAAGGGCAAAGUUAUCUUCGAGCAUGCAGUCGAGAAGGGAGAUAUUUGGAGGAUGUGCCAGACGAAAGAUGCCCCAAUCAAGGAUUGGGUGAAACUCGCAGUCAAUCGUGCAAGAGACAGCAAUUCGCCUGCAAUCUUUUGGCUCGAUGAAGCCAGAGCUCACGACCGGGUUUUGAUUGACAAGGUCAAAGAAUAUCUGAAAGAACACGAUACCAAAGGAUUGGAUAUUCGCAUCGAGAAGCCCACUGUGGCCAUCAAGAUGACGAUGGAACGGUCCACUGCUGGAAAGGACACGAUUUCAGUCACCGGCAAUGUACUUCGUGAUUACCUCACAGAUCUCUUUCCCAUCCUCGAGUUGGGAACUUCAGCGAAGAUGCUUUCGAUUGUGCCGCUUCUUGCUGGUGGAGGAUUGUACGAAACUGGAGCCGGUGGCUCAGCACCGAAGCAUGUCCAGCAAUUCGUUGAUGAAGGACAUCUUCGAUGGGAUUCGCUUGGAGAGUACCUGGCCCUGGCUUGUUCACUAGAAGACAUUGGAAACAAGUCCAAGAAUGUCAAGGCCGUCAACCUUUCCAAGGCUCUUAACACGGCUGUGGGUGCAUUGUUGGAGAAGAAUCUCUCACCGUCCAGGAAGGUCAACGAGAUCGACAAUCGCGGCAGCACCUUCUAUGUUGCUCUCUUCUGGGCUCAGGCGAUGAAGCAAUACGACCCCUCUUUUGGCGAGCUUGCGGAUGCGCUUGCGGCUCACGAGAGUCAGAUCAUGGAAGAUCUUAUCAAGUGUCAGGGCAAGGCUGUAGACAUUGGAGGUUAUUACAAGCCCACGGAUGCUCUUGCUGAAAAGGCGAUGCGGCCAAGUGAGACUUUGAACAAGAUCAUUGGCAAGAGCUUUUAAGAAGAUAGCCAACUGCGACCUGGUGCAAACUACAAUUCACAUGUCCAUAGGAAGUCUACAUAAAGCUUCAAAGCUUGG